CUAAGUGAGACAAAACAACCUCUCCACUCUCUCUCACCCAUCAUUCUCGACCUGCACACCUCAAGGAAGGAGGGAGGAACCUUUCACACCAUCUUCCAUAGCUACACCUUGAGCUCAAACAAGGAGAAGUCCACAAAGGAAGUUUAAGGAGGGAAAAAGUGAGGAAAAACUUGGAUAAUUAAGGAACUUGUCAAAGGUGAUUUAUAAGCUUUCACAAAGUUUAAAGGGUCGCCGGAGUUAUCGCCGGAGUUCGUCAAAGUUCACCGGAGUUUGGCCGGAGUUCAACCGAGAAGGGUAGAACUUCAUCACGCUCAUUCGAGGUUGAAGCUCAAGCUUGCAUUCUCACCUUGCUCGGUGAAGUAAUCUAAAGGGAGACGUGAAAUGGAGGGUAGACGCAUGCGGACCAGGAACAAUCCGAGAGGGCAAGCACCGAUAGCUUCUGUUGGAGCUAGUCGGGCUUCAUCUCGAAGCUCCAGGGGUGGAAGAGGAGGCCGUGGAGGCCGUGGAGGACGUGGGGGCCACCGAGCCCAAACAGUGAGUGAUGGCCACGUAAGUUCGGUGUACGAGACUAGCACCGAGAACUACGACUCUACUUAUGUUCCUGAAACGGAGCAUGAAGAGACCCCAUACGAUGGGGGUGAUUUCCACACUGAUGAUGAAAAUGAUGAUGAGAGUGAUGCCCGAUUCGCCCAAAUGGGCGAAUUACUUGAGUGGUAUCAAAAGGAGAAACUGAGGAGAGACCUUAGGCGCCAAGCAAGGCGUGGCUCUCAAGGUGUGUCGGCUCAAGGAAGCCGGGGAGCUCCAAGGGCCGCACCUGAGGCCCC